AUGCGGGGAUCGCCCCUCGCCCCGCUGCUGCUGCUGCUGCUGCUGCUGCUCCUGCUGGGCCCCCCGGCGCCCCCCGCCCGCGCCGCGCCCCCACAGCCCGGCCGGCCCCGCGGCACCGGGGCGGGCACGGCCAGCGGGACCCCCAGAGCCACCGGGGCCACCCCAACCAAGGGCACGGCCAGCGGGACCCCCAGAGCCACCGGGGCCACCCCAACCAAGGGCACCGCCAGCGGGACCCCCAGAGCCACCGGGGCCACCCCAACCACGGGCACGGCCAGCGGGACCCCCAGAGCCACCGGGGCCACCCCAACCAAGGGCACGGCCAGCGGGGUGUCCCCCAGAAAGAGCCCCACGACCGGACCCCCCAAAGCCAGCGGGGUCACCCCCACGAAGGGAACCGCCAGAGGACCCCCCAAAGCCAGCGGGGUCACCCCAACCAAGGGCACCGCCUUUAGGGGACCCCCUAAAGGCAGCGAGACGCCCCCCUGGAAGGGCACCACGGCGGGACCCCCCAAAGCCAGCGGGGUGUCCCCAACCAAGGGAACCACCAGAGGACCCCCCAAAGCCAGCGGGGUGUCCCCCACGAAGGACACCACGGCCGCCCCCUCGAGGAGCAGCACCACGACGGGACCCCCGAAGGGCAGCGCGGCCCCCGCCAGCCCCGGGGACCCCGCGGGCACCGCCCCGGCGCCCACGGUGAGCAAGGUGGCGGUGAGGAGGAGGAAGGUGGUGAGGAAGAAGGUGGUGAAGAAGAAGGUGCUGAGGAAGAAGCCGGAGGCUCCGGCCGCGCCGCAGGAGCCCCCGUGUCCCCCCCUGGGGCUGGAGUCCCUGCGGGUGCUGGACGAGCAGCUCCGGGCAUCGAGCCACAAGCGGCACGGGCUGGGCGCGCACCGCGGCCGCCUCAACAUCCAGUCGGGGCUCUACGACGGUGACUUCUUUGACGGCGGCUGGUGCGCGGGGCGCGAGGACGCGCGGCAGUGGCUCGAGGUGGACGCGCGGCGCCUCACGCGCUUCACCGGCGUCAUCACGCAGGGCCUCAACUCCAUCUGGACGUACGACUGGGUGACGUCCUACAAGGUGCAGGUCAGCAACGACUCGCACGCGUGGCUGCCGAGCCGCAAUGGCACCGAGGAGGCGGUGUUCCCCGCCAACAAGGACCCCGAGACGCCGGUGCUGAACCUGCUGCCCUCGCCGCUCGUGGGGCGCUUCCUGCGCAUCAACCCGCAGAGCUGGUUCCGCAACGGCACCGUCUGCCUGCGGGCCGAGGUGCUGGGCUGUCCCCUGCCCGACCCCAGCGAUGCCCACGCCUGGCACCCCCCGGCCCCGCCCGAGCCGCAGCUGGAUUUCCGCCACCACAACUACAAGGAGAUGAGAAAGCUGAUGAAGAGGGUGAGCGAGGAGUGCCCCGACAUCACCCGCGUGUACAGCAUCGGGCAGAGCUCCCGCGGGCUGCGCCUCUACGUGAUGGAGAUCUCGGACAACCCCGGGCAGCACGAAGUCGGGGAGCCCGAGUUCCGCUACGUGGCCGGCAUGCACGGGAACGAGGUGCUGGGCCGGGAGCUGCUGCUGAACCUGAUGGAGUUCCUGUGCCGGGAGUUCCGGCGCGGCGACGCCCGCGUGGUGCAGCUGGUGACGGGCACGCGCAUCCACCUGCUGCCCUCCAUGAACCCCGACGGCUACGAGACCGCCUACAGGCUGGGCUCGGAGCUGGCAGGAUGGGCCAUGGGCCGCUGGACGUACGAGGGCAUCGACCUCAACCACAACUUUGCCGACCUGAACACGGCGCUGUGGGACGCCGAGGACAACGACCUGGUGCCCCACCAGUUCCCCAACCACUACAUCCCCAUCCCCGAGUACUACACCUUCGCCAACGCCACGGUGGCCCCGGAGACGCGUGCGGUGAUCGCGUGGAUGCAGCGCUACCCGUUCGUGCUGAGCGCCAACCUGCACGGGGGGGAGCUGGUGGUCACCUACCCCUUCGACAUGAGCCGCACCUACUGGAAGGCGCAGGAGCUCACCCCCACCCCCGACGAUGGUGUCUUCCGCUGGCUGGCCACCGUCUACGCCACCGCCAACCCCGCCAUGGCCAGCGCCGAGCGCCGGCCCUGCCACUACGACGACUUCACACGCUACGGCAACAUCAUCAACGGCGCCCACUGGCACACCGUGGCUGGCAGCAUGAACGACUUCAGCUACCUGCACACCAACUGCUUCGAGAUCACCGUGGAGCUCUCCUGCGACAAAUUCCCGCACGCCUCGGAGCUGCCCGCCGAGUGGGAGAACAACCGCGAGUCGCUGCUGCUCUUCAUGGAGCAGGUGCACCGGGGGAUCAAGGGCGUGGUCCGGGACAGUGACACCGAGCUGGGCAUCCCCAACGCCAUCAUCUCCGUGGAUGGCAUCAACCACGACGUCCGCACCGCCUCGGACGGGGACUACUGGCGGCUGCUGAACCCGGGCGAGUACGAGGUGACGGCGCGGGCCGAGGGCUACGAGGCGGCCACGCAGCCGUGCCGGGUCUACUUCGAGAACGUUCCCACCCCGUGCAGCUUCCGCCUGGCGCGGGCGCGGGGCCGCCACCGGCCCGGGAGGCCCCGGCCGGGCCCGGACCCGGCGCUGCGGCUGCAGCGGCUGCGGCUCCGCCGCCUGCGCGCCCACGGCCGCGGGCAGUGAGCGGGGCGGCCCCGGGGCCGCGGGAUCGGCCGGGGGCGCGGGGGAACGGGCGGGACGGAUCCAGUAAAGUUUGGGUGCGCUGCGGCUGCGAGUGUGCGGGGCUGGAGCGGCGGAGGGAGCGGGAAUGGGAACGGGAACGGGACCGGGAACGGGAACGGGAAUGGGAAUGGGAAUGGGAACGGGAAUGGGACCGGGAACAGAACCGGGACUGGGAACGGGAACGGGAAUGGGAAUGGGACCGAGACCUUGAAAAGGACCGGGAACAGGAAUGGGAACGGGACCAGGAAAGGGACCGGGACCGGGGCUCGUUUCUGCCCCGGACCCUGCCGUGGGAACCCGGCGAGGCCACGCCCCUUACCAGGCGACGCCCAUUCGGUUCUGACCAAUAGAAAUUCCGCUCCGAGCCGCGCCCCUCAUAAGAACACGCCCAUUACCGUGGUAUAAUAUUCUCCAUAAGUCACGCCCAGGAAGCCACGCCCCUUUCCUGUUGUCCAGUGCUCCGCACGGCCCCGCCCCCUUUUCCCAUUGGAUCGCCUGGCCCCGCCCCCGAUGCCCUCGUGAGCGCUUGCCCCGCCCCGCCCCUCAUCUCUGGGCUCCUAUUGGCUGCUGCCGGCGGCGGGGGCCAAUAGGAUGCGAGAUUCAUGGGCGGCGCGGAUGGGGCGGGGCUGGGGGGACACGGAGGGGAUCCCUGGGCAGCGGGGACAAUGGGGACCUGCAGCGGGGGGUGUCCCCACAGUGCUGGGGCUGCUCUGGGGGCUGCAGGGACCUUGGGGGUCUGCGGAGCUCUGGGGACCCUGGGGACAAUGUCCGGCAGGGCUGUGACACUGGGGGGGUCUCCAGGGUGGGGGUCCGGGGGUGUCCUGGCCGUGGGGUUC